AUGGUUCCUUUUUUCCUAAUUACAGUGCUAUUUGCAUGCGUUGCGUAUACACAGUCACUAAAUACGUCACCUCAAUUAUCUUCACUUUCGACUUGGUCAGCGCAUCUACCAACUCCUCAGCAACUUGCUAUUCAAAUCCAAACACCUCAGUUUGGUUGCAGUAUCCCUGCCUUUACAAAAGUAGUUCAACUCACCAUCACGAAUCUACUUGAUAUCCCCAUUCUCGUUUCAUGGGUCAACUUUAGUUGUUACGAGAUUGCAUACCAGGUUAUCGAUGCGAAUGGUAUAUCCUCGCAGCAGUCAUUUCUGAAUCAUGUUUGGAUAGCUCGGACAAGCACCAAUGAUGACAAUCUUGGAAAUAUUGCUUCGGUAUUUAAUGUUAAACAGGAAACAGAUUUAAGCUGGAACAUUACCAAAACUGUUUCAAAUAUUCCUGAAACCGGUACUGUAGCUACCCGUUCCUUUUCAUCUGUAAUUUCUCCUAGUCAUACUUUAGUCAAGCAAAAGGAUCCGUCACCCACUGCAUCUACAAGUCCAUCUGUUGCAUCGUUUGGUUCUGCAUCUACGCAUGAUCGAUCGGGUGAAAUGAUUGCAUUGGUAGCUUCGCUUGUAGCCAUAGCUGUUAUGAUUGCAUUGGGCAUCAUCCUCUACAUGCGAGGCAGAUGGAAACCAGCACAAGACGAUGCGUCUGGAAAACCCUUUGACGGAUCCAAACAAUCUCCAGCCAUGUUUCAAACCUUGAUGCCCUUUAUGGCAUUUCAAUCCAAAAAGUCACAGAGAACAUCGUCCCUGGCAGUACAUGCACCACUGACUGGCGAGCACCAUUCUGAAAUGCAUGGUAUGACCAAUCGACGCCCUAGUCGAUCCAGUAUAGUACCUGGCCAAUAUCGCAUUAGUGGAAUUAUACCCGACACGUCACUAUCAUCAACAUCAUUUUUAUCGGUUGUGCUGGCUGCUUCGGAAAAUGUUGUAAAUCAAGAUCCAGUCGCCACUGAGUCGCCCAAAGAAACAACUUUGCCUUCUUAUGGUGACUUUGAUCAUCCUGUCGUUGGUAUACCUCCAAUGCCGAAUAGUGUCCAUUUGGUACUGCAUCCACAUAUUCCUAGAGAACCGGAUGAAUUAAAUAUUAUGCCUGGUGAUCGGCUACUAGUUCAAGAACUAUAUAGUGAUGGAUGGUCACUUGUAUGCAACACGGAUGGUCUUGAAGGAGUAGUCCCUUGCUACUGUUUCCAACCUUGA